AUGCCAGGAUUUGAUCAACCCCGGUGGGCCGUCCUCGGCGGAGAGUGUCUAGUGAUAAUGGCCGAAACACUCAAUGAUGCUGAGGACACCCCUGCACAAGUCUCCCACCCUUCCACCAGUGUUCAUUGUGAGGAGCCAGUACCUGAGGCCGAUUUGCUGCUGGACAACCUGUACAGCUUUCCGGGACACCCCUGCACAAGUCUCCCACCCUUCCACCAGUGUUCAUUGUGAGGAGCCAGUACCUGAGGCCGAUUUGCUGCUGGACAACCUGUACAGCUUUCCGGAUCAGGAGCUAAACUCUUCAAUUGUGUUCAGGGUACCCUCUUUGGGUGGAACAUUUGAAAAACAAAUCCAGGACACCCCUGCACAAGUCUCCCACCAUUCCACCGGUGUUCAUUUUGAGGAGCAGCUAGCAGCUUAUGAGGAGAAAGUGCUGGCCAAAAUCUUCGUUUUUCUGCAUGAGGAGUCAACGUCUUCAGUUAUUCAAGACACCCCUGCACAAGUCUCCCACCCUUCCACCGGUGUUCAUUUUGAGGAGCAGCUAGCAACUUAUGAGGAGAAAGUGCUGGCCAAAAUCUUCGUUUUUCUGCAUGAGGAGUCAACGUCUUCAGUUAUUCAAAAACCCACGGUUUAUGCACGGCCCCUUCUUUUACCUCGCAACCCUAGACCGGAUAAGCGGCCAAAUGUGUUUAAAUGGAGCUCGAGCCCAACCCCAAGGACCCCACUGCACCCCAUCCCUAAAGAGUCUGGAACCCCAGAGGAGGAGGAAGCUGAAGAGGAACCAAGAGAAAAAUGGAGGGGACUCUGGGCCCCAGUGAAGAUAUGUAUCCAUUGUUAGUGAGAGAAAAGUAGAUCUUUGAAGUCCUGAAGAUGCUAAACAAUUACCUGGAGGCCAUGGACAAGGACCCUCCAGGAUCUCUGGGAAGCAGUGGUGCAGCAGAUACUCUAAGAGAUGUUGGUGGAGAAGGAAGGAGAAAAAAA